AUGUCUUCCCCAGAAGCUCGUACCGGAGUUAAGCGGCCUCGCACCCAGUCGCUUCCACCUCCUUCUCUCCCCCAGCUCGUGGCCGAACAACACACCCCCAUUCCCGCCACAGACAAGGAUACCAAGAGACUCAUCGUCGUUCUCUCGAAUGCCAGCCUCGAAACCUACAAGGCUUCUCAUGGCGGGGCUAGUCGGAACGACAUGCACCGGGAAGAAAAAUACUCGCUUCUGAACAGUGAUGAACAUAUUGGCGUGAUGCGCAAAAUGAAUCGUGAUAUCAGUGAUGCCCGCCCUGAUAUUACGCACCAGUGUCUCCUCACUCUCCUCGACUCCCCUAUCAACAAGGCCGGAAGGCUCCAGAUUUACAUCCACACGGCCAAGGGCGUCUUGAUCGAGGUCUCGCCGACCGUUCGCAUCCCUCGUACAUUUAAGCGCUUUGCGGGCCUCAUGGUCCAGCUGCUGCAUCGGCUAUCCAUCCGCUCGACCAACUCACAGGAGAAGCUGUUGCGGGUCAUCCAGAACCCCAUCACCGAUCAUUUACCACCUAACUGUCGGAAGGUCACACUCAGCUUUGACGCCCCGCUCGUCAAGGUGCGGGACUACGUCGACACCCUGGGACCUAAGGAGAGCAUUUGUGUCUUCGUAGGUGCCAUGGCUAAGGGAGCUGACACAUUUGCGGAUGGCAUCGUCGACGAGAAGAUUUCCAUCAGCAACUUCAGCCUGUCUGCUAGUGUUGCUUGUAGUAAAUUCUGCCACGCUGCCGAGGAUAGCUGGGACAUCCUCUAA